GACACGGGACGUCAUCAGCUAUGGCGGACAAGGAGAAGCGCCGGUCCGGGGCUACUCCUCCAGGGAUGCCCGAGGGCAAAGCCACCAAAUCGGACAGCGACAGGGAGUUUCUGUCGCAGGCUGGAGUGGGAGAGCUGCUCCGCGGAGCCAUCCUGAAGAUGGUGGAGGCCAGGUCGGACGAUCCCAUCGGGUUCCUCGCCGACCACUUCUGCAACCUCGCCUCCGAGUCAGAGACCGGCACAGCUGGAGGCAGCGACGGGGAUCAUUUGAACAACGGCCCGCUGAGCUCAGGCGCGCAGGAGCAGCAGCAUCUCAACCGGGCGCUGUGGCACCUGAGGCUGGCGCACCAUUCCCAGAGAUCAGCCUUCAGCAACAAUGUCCGUGUGGCUUAUGACCUUUUGAACCUCACUGGGCCCCUCAGACGUUCAGGUGAGGCUCCUGAGGCCCCUGAUGGCUCCUGCACCGACAGCCCGACAGAAGGAGGAGGAGGAGUGAAGGGAGGCCUCCACACACAGACUCUGCAGUGCCUGUGCAGUGAGGGCGGGGUCCCUGCCUCCACCUCCGCCCCACUCCUCCAACGCCUCCAUUGCCAAGACCACGAGGCCGUCCCUUAUGACAUCUUCCGUCACGGUGUGCUCACAUGUGCAGUUUUCUCAGACUACAUCCGGCAGGCUCAGAGGCUUUACGCUGAAGUGUGCUGCCCGGACGAAGGGCCUGCCUCGCGGGCGCUGUGCCUGGCCGUGCUGGGGACCUUAAAGGAAGCCCUGGAGACUUCCCAAGGCUGCGAGGCAAACUGCUGUGAUAAUGCGAAUACUAAAGUGAAUCCCUGUCUCGAGGCUAACGUGAAGGCUUUACGCUACCUGGAGGCCAGUGCUAAGAUCUCUCCAGACAAGUUAGGUCAGGCCAUGGCUGGAGCACAGACACGGGGCCCGGGUGGUAAUAUGGACGCAAAGGAGUUUGAGAACGCAGCGGCAGAACUUUUUAUCACUCGAGUGAAAGUUGUGUCCUAGGUUUCUUGUCUAUUUCCACAUAAUUUAUGAAUGUAACACAAUUUAAAGUAUAUAGUAAAUAAAUACCUUCUGUGUACAGUACCUCCUCUAACCUCUAACAUACACUCACAGAUAUUACCUCCUAGACACUAUAUACCCAAAUCCUAUUUAUGUUGGAGUACACUAGAACAUAUUGUUUGUUUAUUGAUCUUAUUAAAGUGGAAGAGAUAAGAAAUCAGCAUCUGCUGUGACUAAGCGAGCAGCUACCGUGCUGUGGAAAGGACUUACUAAAUGUUUUCCUUGAGAUCGGCAUUGAUCUCGACAGUUUUCCAUUAUUGUUCAGCCGUUUCCAUAAAAUGCUCAGAUUAGAAAGUAACACUCUGUUCUGAUCUAUUUCUAAUCCUUGUAAUAAUCCUAUUUUUUUGUUGAGAGGAAUGUUUAUUAGGAACUCGCUGUUCUCUUGUUGUAUUGCAUUAUUUAAGUGAUAUAUGCUAUCCCUGUGAAGGCAUUGUAGCAGAAAACAUUUUGGG